AUGUUGCACUUGCGUUCAAAGUGUACUGACAGUUUGACAACAAAUUUUUUAAAAUGGAUCCAUUCAGCUUGUACUGAUCACAAGUUUAAUUUUAAGGCUGAAUCUGUUCGCAUCUCACUUAUACCCGCACUCAUUUCACCACCAACUGGGUUGUGCUUCGUAUUUCCUUGUCACUUAAGUGAUGACUUGCUGAACGCAGACAAAAGUGCUCUUUGCGAGGAUGUAAUACCUAAAAGGAGAGAUAAAAUGAAAAAUAAAUACAGGUGCCACAUCAAAACCAAUACAACUGUUAUUUCUUUGGACAAUAGACACGACACCAUUGAUCAUGCGACACUACAUGUGGAAGGUGAUGUGAUCGUAUCAUACACUGGUCAAUGGGAAAGAUUUCAAUUACAAUGA